UAGGGUUAGAAUUAUUGUGAUACUCUGAUCAUAGAUAAGUAGACUCUGAUGUAGCAAUAGCAUGCGGCAAAACUAGUUGUCAGCAUUUAAAUUGGGUCUUCAAUUUUAAAAUAUUAAAAUUCAUACGCAGAGAAAGAUAUCUCUGAGAUCAAAAUGUCGAAACAACAUAUACCUCGAGUACCAGAAACUAUAGACUUCCCCAAAGCAGAAGAGAAAGUUCUAACCUUAUGGAAAACAAUUGAUGCUUUCAAUACUACUUUGAAACAGUCUAAAGGAAAACCUAGAUAUAGUUUUUUCGACGGUCCUCCAUUUGCUACUGGCCUUCCCCAUUAUGGACAUAUUCUUGCUGGUACAAUUAAGGAUGUAGUUACAAGAUAUGCUCAUCAGCAAGGUUUUCAUGUAGCUAGGCGUUUUGGAUGGGAUUGUCAUGGUUUACCAGUAGAAUAUGAAAUUGACAAAAUGCUAAACAUAAAGGGGCCAGAUGAUGUAAUGAAAAUGGGUAUUGAUAAGUACAAUGCUGAAUGUAGGAAAAUUGUUAGUAGGUAUUCUUCAGAAUGGGAAACUAUAAUGACACGGUUAGGACGGUGGAUAGAUUUUAAAAAUGAUUAUAAGUCUAUGUAUCCAUGGUAUAUGGAAAGCAUUUGGUGGAUUUUCAAACAAUUGUAUGAGAAGGGUUUAGUUUACCAAGGCAACAAAGUAAUGCCAUAUUCUACUACGUGUAAUACUCCCCUUUCAAAUUUUGAAUCUGGUCAAAAUUACAAAGAUGUAGUUGAUCCUACUGUUACUGUGUGUUUGCCAAUUAUAAAUGACAAGGAUAAAGCUGCUCUCCUGAUUUGGACUACUACUCCGUGGACUCUUCCUAGCAACUUAGCUGCUUGUGUCAAUCCAAACCUCAUAUAUGCUCGGGUUGAACAGAAGAGUACCAAUAAAUACUUUAUUCUUCUGGAAGAACGCAUUGGUGUUCAUUUUAACGAUGAUGACUUUAUUGUCAAAGAAACCUUUCCUGGAUUAAAUUUGAAAGGUUUAAAAUAUGAGCCCAUCUUCCCCUACUUUGAGGAAAUGAGUAAAACCCAUGGAGCUUUCAGAGUAUUAUGUGACGAAUAUGUAACUUCCGAGUCAGGUACUGGGGUUGUUCAUCAAGCUGCUUACUUUGGAGAAGAUGAUUAUAGAGUUUGUUUAGCAAAUGGAGUUAUUUCCAAAGAUAUGGAUCCUGUUUGCCCUCUGGAUGCUAGUGGAAGGUUUGUGAAACCAGUCACGGAUUUUGAAGGACAAUAUAUCAAGGAUGCUGACAAAAAUAUCAUCGCGAAGCUCAAAGAGAAUGGGAAGCUUUUCAAUCAGUCCCAGAUAAAGCAUAGUUAUCCAUUCUGCUGGCGUUCAGAUACUCCAUUAAUCUAUAGAGCAGUUCCGUCAUGGUUCAUCAGAGUUGAGCACAUGCAAGAUAAACUCUUAGAAUGUGCUUCUAAGACCUAUUGGGUUCCUGAGUUUGUACGCGAUAAAAGAUUCGGUAAUUGGCUGAGAGAAGCGAGAGAUUGGGCAGUGAGUAGAAAUAGGUAUUGGGGUACACCAAUACCCAUAUGGAUGUCUCCUGAUGGUAGUGAAAUUAUGUGUAUUGGUAGCGUUGCCGAGCUGGAGGAAUUGACAGGAAAGAAAAUAACCGACUUGCAUAGAGAAUUUGUUGAUGAUUUGGAAAUUCCUUCUCCCAUUCCCGGUAAUCCACCUUUGAAACGUGUUCCUGAAGUUUUUGAUUGUUGGUUUGAAUCAGGUUCUAUGCCAUAUGCGCAGCAACAUUAUCCAUUUGAAAAUUUGAAGGAAUUUGAGGAAAUGUUCCCUGCCGAUUUCAUUGCAGAAGGUAUUGAUCAAACUAGAGGCUGGUUUUACACAUUGAUUGUAAUAUCUACAGCCAUUUUCGACCAAGCCCCAUUCAAGAAUCUCAUUGCUAAUGGAAUGGUUCUUGCAAGUGAUGGCCAAAAAAUGUCUAAACGCAAGAAGAAUUAUCCAGAUCCAAUGGAAGUUGUGCACAAAUUUGGUGCAGAUGCUUUGAGAUUAUAUCUGAUAAGUUCUCCUGUUGUCAGGGCUGAAAAUCUACGUUUCAAAGAGGAAGGCGUUCGUGACAUUGUGAAGGAUGUGUUUCUACCUUGGUACAAUGCUUUCAGAUUUUUAUUUCAAAACUUGGAAAUGUAUGCUAAAGAAAAUGUUUUUACUUAUGAAGAAUCACAAUUAUCUAGUUCUAACAUUAUGGAUCGUUGGAUAUUAUCAUUUACUCAAUCACUUCUGCAGUAUGUCCGUAAAGAAAUGGAACUGUAUCAUCUGUUCAAUGUCAUACCUAGAUUGACUAAAUAUGUUGAUUACUUGACCAACUGGUAUGUAAGAAUGAAUCGUAAACGUUUGAAGGGUGACUCUGGAAAGGACGAUUGUAAAACUGCUCUGACUACCCUGUUCAAUGUGAUCUUCAAUAUUGUUAAUAUGAUGGCACCAUUUGCACCUUUCCUUUCGGAAACAAUGUACCAGGAACUCAAAGUUGUAGCUAAUAUUUCUUCUGAUAGUAUUCAUUACCUUAUGUUACCUAGCCCAAACUCUAAACUAAUUGAUCUUGACAUAGAAAGGGCUGUUUCAAGAAUGCAAAGUGUUAUAGAACUUGGAAGGGUAGUGAGAGAUAGGAAAACCCUCCCAAUAAGAUACCCUCUUCCUGAAGUUAUAAUUAUUCAUCAGGAUCCUCAGUAUUUAUCAGACAUUCUUUCUCUACAAGAGUACAUUUUAUCAGAACUAAAUAUAAAGAAAAUUUCAACCACUACGGAUAAAUCUAAGUAUGGCAUCACACUGAGAGCAGAACCUGACUAUAAAACAUUAGGCCUUCGUCUUAAAGGUGAUUUCAAAGCAGUAACUGCUGCUAUCAAAGCUUUGUCAAAUGAUGAUAUAAAUGAUAUUACCAAAAAAGGAUAUGGGGAGUUUCUAGGCCAUAAAAUUGAUAUCGCAGAGUUGAAACUGAUAUUCAAAAUUGAAAACUUGAGUUUGGCAAGCUAUGAGGUGAAUAGUGAUAAUGAUGUUUUAAUCCUAUUGGAUUGCACUCCAGAUAAUUCGAUGCAAGAUGAAGGAACAGCUAGAGAAAUCAUUAAUAAAAUACAAAGACUACGAAAGAAGGCCCAUCUAGUACCAACUGAUGAAAUAGCAGUCUUUUACAAAAGUGAAAACGAAAUAGAUCGUGUUGCUAAGGAAUUUUCUAGUUUUAUCGAAGGAACCAUAAAAGCUUCUCUUAAAAAUUGUUCGGAAAGAACAUCUCAAGAUCAAUUGAUUAUUGAGGAGACUUUGCAAUUAAAAAAUUGCAAUUUAUAUCUUGCUCUAACAAAGAGAAACCUUAUAAAUAACCAAUCGAAUGCUAAAUGGGUCAACUUAGCUUUAUGCGACUUUAAACCUAGAUUAUAUAACAGUAAUAGGGGUAUGAUUCUUCUAGAAGCUGCUGGUAAACAGCUCACAAUAAAAGAAUUGAAUACAGAAAUCGUUUCUCUAUUUGGCGUUACGAAUUAUAGUUUAUGGAGUAAGCAUGGUGAAGUAACAAGCGACAAAAAAUUACAUGAUGCCGCAGAAAGUACCAUUUUCAUUACAAAGAAGAAUAAAGAGCCCUUGUUAGAAGAAAACGGAAUGCCAUUUUGCAAAAUGCACAAUUUCUCAAAAGGUGACAAAAAUGGCACUUUGAUAUUAGAAAAUCCUGUCGGUAAUACUAUCAUCAAAGAAUCCGAUAUCGCUUCUUUUAUCGAUCAGUGGACGUAUUGACAAAAGUGGCUACUUAAUUUAUUUAUUAGAAUAGUUAAAUUAUUCUAAUAUUUCUUUUUGUUGUAACUUUUUUUUCGAAUAAAUGAUACUUGGAA